AUGGCAAUUAAGAUCGAUAUUGAAAAAGCCUAUGACAGAGAUAAUUGGGAUUUUCUUAUUUCAUACCUUGAGGAGAUUAAUUUGCCAACAAAGUUGAUUGAGGUUAUUCGGCAUUGUGUGAGAUCUUCUAGGAUGCAAAUCUUAUGGGAAAGAAGUAAAAUGGAAGAAUUUAGAUCGGCUAGAGGCAUUCGUCAAGGAGAUUCUCUUUCUCCUUAUCUUUUUGUUUUAUGUAUUGAAAAGCUUGCUCAUCUAAUACAAGCAGAGAUUGUUAAAGGUACUUGGAGGCCCAUUCGCUUAAAUAAAGGUAGUCCUCUUCUCUCCCACCUUUUCUUUACUGAUGAUCUUGUGCAGGUGAUUAGACAAUGUCUUGAUUGUUUCUGUGCAAUGUCUAGGCAGAAGGUAAGCCAUUCUAAAACUAGGGUGUUUUUCUCUAGGAAUAUGAAUCAUAAUAGAGCACAGCAACUUAGUGACUUACUUGAAUUUAAUCGUACAGCAGAUUUGGGUAAAUAUCUUGGGGUCCUUCUUCAUCAUAAUCAUGUGACCAAAAAUACUCAUCAAUUUGUGGUGGAUAAAAUAAAGCAGCGACUCUCUAGUUGGAAGGUGACUUCUAUUUCUUUUGCAGGACGAGCAACUCUAACAAAGUCUGUGUUGAGUACCAUUCCUCUAUAUUGUAUGCAAACUGCUCAUCUCCCUGUGAGUACUUGUGAGGAGAAUGAUAAAUGUUCUCAUGGUUUUCUUUGGGGUUCAACUGGGGAAAGGAAAAAGAUUCAUCUUGUAGCUUGGGAUGAAGUGUGUAGACCAAAAAGAAAUGGUGGCCUUGGUUUGCGACACACUCAUCUUCAAAAUAAGGCCUUUAUGAUGAAAGCAGGAUGGGGCUUUAUACAUAACAAGGAGGCUUUAUGGGCUAGAGUUAUUAUAAGUAAAUACAAAUGUGGAAGGGAGUUAAUUCCACAAGUGAAUAGGACUCACCCCGGAUCUCAGUUCUGGAAAGGUUUGAGAAACAAUUGGGAGAAAGUUCAAGUAGGGGUGGAAUUCACAACUAACCAGGUGAAUGAGGUGGUUGUUAGAUGGAAACUUGAGAAGCCUGGUAUGUUUACAGUUCGUUCUGCUUAUGAGUUCUUGACAGAUAGUUAUGCUUGCCCUGAUCAGAUGUAG